CGGGCAGCCAAUAGGUUGAGAGGAGCAGCAAGAACACGCGCCGCGAUUGGCGGGCGCCCCGGUGGCCGGGCGUUGUUGCUAAGCAGAGUAAAGAUGGCGGCUCUGGACAGGGUCAAGGUGCUGGUGCUGGGCGACUCCGGUGUCGGGAAAUCGUCCCUCGUUCACCUCUUGUGCCACAACCAGGUGCUGGGAAACCCGUCCUGGACAGUGGGCUGCUCCGUGGAUGUGCGAAUCCAUGACUACAAGGAAGGAACUCCAGAAGAGAAGACCUAUUAUAUUGAGCUGUGGGAUGUUGGAGGUUCUGUGGGCAGUGCCACCAGUGUGAAAAGCACACGAGCAGUGUUCUAUAAUUUGCUGAAUGGGAUAAUUUUAGUGCAUGACUUGACCAACAAGAAAUCAUCCCAGAAUUUGUAUCGCUGGUCUUUGGAAGCACUCAACAGAGAUGUUGCUCCAACAGGAGUUCUCGUGACAAAUGGUGACUAUGAUCGUGAACAGUUUGGUGAUAACCAGAUCCCACUGCUGGUAAUAGGAACUAAACUGGAUCAGAUCCCAGAAACUAAGAGGAAUGAAGUUUUGACCAGAACAGCAUUCUUGGCUGAGGAUUUCAAUGCUGAAGAGAUAAAUUUGGACUGCACCAAUCCUCGUUAUCUGGCUGCAGGUUCAUCCAAUGCUGUCAAACUAAGCAGGUUUUUUGAUAAGGUCAUAGAGAAGAGAUAUGUCUUAAGAGAUGGCAAUCAGAUUCCUGGCUUCUCUGAAAGGAAGAGGUUUGGAGGAGGAACACUGAAGAGCCUUCAUUAUGACUGAGGACUGAGGAAGUGGAAGACAACUUCUCUGAGUUCCUAAAGACAUUCCCGUUCCCACUGGAUGCACAAAGACAGUAAUGCUUCUGUCAAGCAGAGUAAAAUGAUAUUACAGCUGGCUAGCCUGCUGAAGCUUCUAUUGUUGGAAAAGACUUGGGAAAGGUUUUCCAAAAACCUAAUCUGGAGCCUAGAGUAUUGCUUAGGAUUGCAGACCAUCUGGAUCUAUGGGAACAACUGGGGAAAGUGUGCAAUAUGUUGAAUGCCUCUCACUGCUGUGGGAAACUUCAUCAUACACAGCACAUAUAUGUGACAUCCUUGUCUCUAUUUGGAAAACUUAUGGACAGUCUUGGCAAUGAUUUGUAUAAAUUUUACCUCUAAAGGAAAGAUGACAUUGAGUGGGCCUCUCAAAGUGACCAAAACAAGUGAGCAAAGCAUAAUGAUGGGUAAGGGGUGGUCUGCAAAAUAAUGGAAUGCCUUCAUUAAAUGAAUGGAAUGCUGUUUCA